GAAAUACCAGUCGAAAGGGCAGUUAAUGUCAUUUCCUCUGUAGCAAAUGGUAUUACUCCAGAGGAUUGUUUGGAAGGCAUUAACCUUCAGUUGGGUGACUGGCAUGCAGCCGUGAAAGUUCUCAGUGUAAGUACCACAAAUAUUAAUAGCUAGUUAGGGCAAUAAAUUAUUAGCUUAAAUUAACUUUGUCAAAUGAAUGUCUUUUUUUAAGCAAGUUUAUUCUGACUGGGGUUCCUACCUCCCCAGAUUGUUUUAAAGGUCGGUACACACUAGGCGACAAGUUGCAGCAACACGUCACGGCGACAGAUCACUCCGUGUGUACAGGUCGGGCGACUAGCUGCAGCAACAAGGUGAGGCAACACAUUGCUGCAACUUGUCGCCUAGUGUGUACCGACCUUAACUCAGGCAUAAAAGAUGAGAUUAGAUUCUUAAUAGCAGUGAUAACAAUAAUGAAAGACAUGCUGAUUUUUGCUAUAUUAACUUAAUUAUUAUUGUUAUUGGAAUUUCCCCUAUCUUUACCUCACACCUAUCAAACCAACAAGUACUAAUCAUAAAUUAUUUUUUUCAACAGCUAAUAUACUCCAGAUUCUUCAGUGGCAAGUCAGAUUCCGAUCUCUGCACCCUUUUCUCAGACCGCACACUUAUUAA